UGUUUUUAAUGUUGAUCAGGAUUUUUUUCCCAAAAUUAUUCCUAUUUCAUGAAGGUAAUUUAUUUUAACCUUAAGGUCAGAAUUAGGCUGAUCAAAUGACAAAGGCAUGACUUUGAAAACAAAAAUGGUUUGAGGAGCCAUCUAUAGACAUGAUCUGGGUCAGACUUGAUUUGCAGCUUACUCCAUUUUAGAAUCCGUUGUCAGCUUUGUAAACAGAAGUCUGCUGGAUGAAUUGGACAGAAGGGUGAGAUUAGCAUAUUAAUAAGGUACUGGCUACUGGCCUUCUUUUUCUCCUCCCUCUUCUCCCUCCUUUUCUUUCCUUUCUCUCUCCUUCCCUGAAUGAAUCUAGGAACACAGACCCAUGGGGUCACAUUACUAGCUGGCUUCAUUCUGUUCAGUAGCUUAAUCUGGCCAGGAUGGUCUGUGUUUCAGAUUGCGGAAGCAUGAGAAGAUUCUGUAACUGAGAGGCAUUCUUCAAGCUGCUGGAAAAUAUUACAGAAGGAACACCUCCCAAAUUUUGCUUCAAGCUCUGAAAAAAGGAGCACACAGGGGAAGCUUAGUCUUACUUGUGGAUCGAAGCAAACACUAUCGGAGCGAUGAACUGGGACUUUGUGUGCAGACUCCUGGCUUGAUCUUUAUAGGAUUGGGUGUAUGUUGUUGGAACUGGCAGGCCAAGAGGCCCUGAAACCAGCAGGUGCCAUCUGUAUGGAGAAAAGCGGCUGUAGUCCAUUUCCAAUGUGUUGGGCUAAAGAAUAUGACAGAUACCUAGCAUCUAGCAAAAUAAUGGCAGCUGCUUACCUUGACCCAAACUUGAAUCACACACCAAAUUCAAGUACUAAGACUCACAUGGGUACUGGCAUGGAACGUUCCCCUGGUGCAAUGGAGCGAGUAUUAAAGGUCUUUCAUUAUUUUGAAAGCAAUAGUGAGCCAACCACGUGGGCCAGUAUUAUCAGGCAUGGAGAUGCUACUGAUGUCAGGGGCAUCAUUCAGAAGAUAGUGGACAGUCACAAAGUGAAGCACGUGGCCUGCUACGGAUUCCGCCUCAGUCACCUGCGGUCAGAGGAGGUUCACUGGCUUCACGUGGAUAUGGGCGUCUCCAGUGUGAGGGAGAAGUAUGAGCUUGCCCACCCACCAGAAGAGUGGAAAUAUGAAUUGAGGAUUCGUUAUUUGCCAAAAGGAUUUCUAAACCAGUUUACAGAAGACAAGCCAACUUUGAAUUUCUUCUAUCAACAGGUGAAGAGCGAUUAUAUGUUAGAAAUAGCUGAUCAAGUGGACCAGGAAAUUGCUUUGAAGUUGGGAUGUCUAGAAAUUCGGCGAUCAUACUGGGAGAUGCGGGACAAUGCACUAGAAAAGAAGUCUAACUAUGAAGUAUUAGAAAAAGAUGUUGGUUUAAAGCGAUUUUUUCCUAAGAGUUUACUGGAUUCUGUCAAGGCCAAAACACUAAGAAAACUCAUCCAACAAACAUUUAGACAGUUUGCCAAUCUUAAUAGAGAAGAAAGUAUUCUGAAAUUCUUUGAGAUCCUCUCUCCAGUGUACAGAUUUGAUAAAGAAUGUUUCAAGUGUGCUCUUGGUUCAAGCUGGAUUAUUUCAGUGGAGCUGGCAAUCGGCCCAGAAGAAGGAAUCAGUUACUUAACAGACAAGGGCUGCAAUCCCACACAUCUAGCUGACUUCAAUCAAGUGCAGACCAUUCAGUAUUCAAACAGUGAAGACAAGGACAGAAAAGGAAUGCUGCAACUGAAAAUAGCAGGUGCACCUGAGCCUCUGACAGUGACGGCACCAUCCCUGACCAUUGCGGAGAAUAUGGCUGACCUGAUAGAUGGGUACUGCCGCCUGGUGAACGGAGCCUCGCAGUCUUUUAUCAUCAGACCCCAGAAAGAAGGUGAACGGGCUCUACCGUCAAUACCAAAAUUGGCUAACAGUGAAAAGCAAGGUGUGCGGACACACGCGGUCUCUGUGUCAGAUGAAAUUAGUGGGGACGAAACAGACGAUUAUGCUGAGAUUAUAGAUGAAGAAGAUACUUACACCAUGCCCUCAACAAGGGAUUAUGAGAUUCAAAGAGAAAGAAUAGAACUUGGACGAUGUAUUGGAGAAGGCCAGUUUGGAGAUGUACAUCAGGGCAUUUAUAUGAGUCCGGAGAAUCCAGCUUUGGCGGUUGCAAUUAAAACAUGUAAAAACUGUACUUCGGACAGCGUGAGAGAGAAAUUCCUUCAAGAAGCCUUAACAAUGCGUCAGUUUGACCACCCUCAUAUUGUGAAGCUGAUUGGAGUCAUCACAGAGAACCCCGUCUGGAUAAUCAUGGAGCUGUGCACACUUGGAGAGCUGAGAUCAUUUUUGCAAGUAAGGAAAUACAGUUUGGAUCUGGCAUCUUUGAUCCUGUAUGCCUAUCAACUUAGUACAGCUCUUGCAUAUCUAGAGAGCAAAAGAUUUGUACACAGGGACAUUGCUGCUCGGAAUGUUCUGGUGUCCUCAAAUGAUUGUGUAAAAUUAGGAGACUUUGGAUUAUCCCGAUAUAUGGAAGACAGUACUUACUACAAAGCUUCCAAAGGAAAAUUGCCUAUUAAAUGGAUGGCUCCAGAGUCAAUCAAUUUUCGACGUUUUACCUCAGCUAGUGACGUAUGGAUGUUUGGUGUAUGUAUGUGGGAGAUACUGAUGCAUGGUGUGAAGCCUUUUCAAGGAGUGAAGAACAAUGAUGUGAUCGGUCGAAUUGAAAAUGGGGAAAGAUUACCGAUGCCUCCAAAUUGUCCUCCUACCCUCUACAGCCUUAUGACGAAAUGCUGGGCUUAUGACCCCAGCAGGCGGCCCAGGUUUACUGAACUUAAAGCUCAGCUCAGCACGAUCCUGGAGGAAGAGAAGGCUCAGCAAGAAGAGCGGAUGAGGAUGGAGUCCCGAAGACAGGCCACAGUGUCCUGGGACUCUGGAGGGUCUGAUGAAGCACCGCCUAAGCCCAGCAGACCUGGUUAUCCUAGCCCAAGGUCCAGCGAAGGAUUUUAUCCCAGCCCACAGCACAUGGUACAGACCAAUCAUUACCAGGUCUCUGGCUACCCUGGUUCACAUGGAAUCACAGCCAUGGCUGGCAGCAUCUACCCAGGUCAGGCAUCUCUUUUGGACCAAACAGAGUCAUGGAAUCAUAGACCUCAGGAGAUAUCAAUGUGGCAACCCAACAUGGAGGACUCUGCAGCAUUGGACCUACGAGGGAUUGGGCAGGUGUUGCCUACCCACCUGAUGGAAGAGCGGCUGAUCCGACAACAACAAGAAAUGGAAGAAGAUCAGCGCUGGCUGGAAAAAGAAGAGAGAUUUUUGAAACCUGACGUGCGGCUCUCUCGAGGCAGCAUCGACAGGGAGGAUGGAAGUCUUCAGGGUCCGACUGGAAACCAACACAUAUAUCAGCCUGUGGGUAAACCAGAUCCUGUAGCUCCACCAAAGAAACCGCCUCGCCCUGGAGCCCCCGGUCACCUGGGCAGCCUUGCCAGCCUCAGCAGCCCUGGGGACAGUUACAACGAGGGCGUCAAGCCGUGGAGGCUGCAGCCCCAGGAAAUCAGCCCCCCUCCUACUGCCAACCUGGACAGGUCCAAUGACAAGGUGUAUGAGAAUGUGACGGGCCUGGUGAAAGCUGUCAUCGAGAUGUCCAGUAAAAUCCAGCCGGCCCCGCCAGAGGAAUAUGUUCCCAUGGUGAAGGAAGUCGGCUUGGCCUUGAGGACUUUAUUGGCCACUGUGGAUGAGACCAUUCCCACCCUUCCAGCCAGCACCCACCGAGAGAUUGAGAUGGCACAGAAACUAUUGAACUCUGACCUGGGUGAGCUCAUCAACAAGAUGAAGCUGGCCCAGCAGUAUGUCAUGACCAGCCUGCAGCAGGAGUACAAGAAGCAGAUGCUGACUGCUGCUCACGCUCUGGCUGUGGAUGCCAAAAACUUACUCGACGUCAUUGACCAAGCAAGACUGAAAAUGCUGGGGCAGGCAAGACCGCACUGAGCCCCCUGAGGAGCACGUCUUUUCCCUCCUUUCAGGAUGUUCUCCAGCCUUCCACCAGCAGCGAGGAGUUAACCCUGGGUCCUCAGUCGCCAGCACUUACAGCUCCAACUUUUUCAAAUGACAUCUGGUUGAAAAUCUUCUCCCUCAUAUAUAAAUCUAACCACAUUUUGAUUUGGGUUUGUUUUUUGUUUUGUUUUGUUUUUUUAAAUCAUAAUAUUCAGAAAUGUCUGGGAUCCAAAAUAUGGCAUUUUUCUGAGAAUCAAAAUUGUACAUAAGAAGCUUUUAAGAAUCAUGGAGAACAUUUAUGUUCACAUUAAGGAUGUGUUCUAAUGGGGGCGGCUGGGGUGACAUGCUGGUUCCUGAACUCGCUUAGCUGCGUGGUGGACAAGGAGGGCAGGAGUGAAGAAUUCUGGGAAACCCAAGAGGCUGAGAGUUCUUUUGCCUACCAUAGAAUUACUAUCCAGACUGGAACUUUUGUUUAUUAGAACACCCUUCAGUUGCAAUAUGCUAAUUCCACUUUACAAAGAAAGAAUAUAAAAGCUAUAUUUUGAAGACUUGAGUCAUUUCAGAAAAAAACUGCAACCCUUUCUGUCUUUCCUGCCUUGUACUUUCAUGUGGACAUGUGAAGCAUUCGGUUGGGAACUAGCUGUAGAACACAACUAAAAACUCUUGUCUUUUUUCACCAGAAUAAUGUGCCAGUUUUUUGUAGCAAUGUUAUUUCUCUUGGAAGCAGAAAUGCUUUGUACCAGCGCACCUCCAAACUGCAUUGAGAAGAAGUUCCAGAACCAUCCCUGUUCCCCAUUUUUAUAUAAUUUAUAAAGAAAGAUUAAAGCCAUGUUGACUAUUUUACAGCCACUGGAGUUAACUAACCCUUCAUUGUGUCUGUCUUCCCAGGAAAGAAUUAAGCAAAACAGAGGGAUUUGGUUUUCUUUUGAUGUCCAGUUACACCAUCCAUUCUGUUAAAUAAUUUUGAAAAAUACACCCUCCCUUUAGUUUGUUGGGGGAUAUAAAUUAUUCUCAGGAAGAAUAUAAUGAACUGUACAGUUACUUUGACCUAUUAAAAAGGUGUUACCAGUAAA